CGGGGACGGUUGCUGAGCGGCCUGGGAUCCCGGUCGCGGCGCCUUCCGCCUGACCGCUCGUAGUCAUCCAUCUGUUGGAUCCCGAACGACCUAGCCUGAGCCCGCGCGGGACGGGCGGACCAGACGGAGAGAAUUUCCUGAGCUGGCGUCAGGUGCCACAGGCACUGGGGAACUCACCAGGAAGGGACGGACGGAGCUCAGGGCCAGCUAGAUGGCGGACGAAACCUUAGCUGGGCUGGAUGAGGGAGCCCUACGGAAGCUGUUGGAGGUCACGGCGGAUCUGGCAGAGCGGCGGCGCAUCCGCUCGGCCAUCCGGGAGCUGCAGCGGCAGGAGCUGGAACGCGAGGAGGAGGCCCUGGCAUCCAAGCGCUUCCGUGCUGAGCGGCAGGACAACAAGGAGAACUGGCUGCACUUCCAGCAGCGGGAGGCUGAGCAGCGGGCUGCUCUGGCACGGCUGGCAGGACGGCUGGAGUCAAUGAACGAUGUGGAGGAGCUGACCGCACUGCUUCGGGGCGCCGCGGAGUACGAGGAGCGAAAGCUGAUCCGAGCUGCCAUCCGCCGCGUGCGGGCCCAGGAGAUCGAGGCCGCCACCUUGGCUGGAAGGCUGUACAGUGGGCGUCCCAACAGUGGCUCAAGAGAGGACGGCAAGGGGCAGGCACCACGCCGGCUGGAACUCUGUGAGGUGCCGAAGCCAGAGGAACAGAAGCAGCAGGUGGAGGUCCCAGAGCCAACCCCAACCCCUAGCAGCACCAGCCGGGAUGUGACCACGGUGACACUCCUGCUGCGGGCCCCUCCCGGGGACACACCCAGCCCACCUGCCUCAGCCGACGGUUCACCCACCACUACCUCUCCUGAGCCUCCACUGGAGCCUGCCGAGGAGGCCCCGUGCUCUGCCCCCGAGGCUCUGGGCAGUCCCGAGCCUCCCCCUAGCCCGCCCAGGGCCUCCAGCCCUGAGCCCCAGGAGCCUCCAGCCACCCCCAGCACAGACAGGCAGGUGGUCGACAAGCUCCCGCCCAGCCCCACGGAUCCCCCUGCCCCCCAAGGCCCCACCAAAGGUCGCUCCGACACAAAGAGAGCAGACCUGGCUGACCGUCGCCCCUGCCAACGCUCCCUGUCUGUGCUCAGCCCCCGCCAGCCAGCCCAGAACCAAGAGCCCACCCCCAUCGCCAGUGGACCUUCCCCGUUCCAGCGGGCGGGCUCCGUCCGGGACCGCGUGCGCAAGUUCACAUCCAAUUCUCCUACGGCUGCUGGGCUCCAGGAAGGCCCACCCCGUGUGGCCCUCGGCCCCUCGACCCCUGCCAGGCUCCCAGGCCCCUCCCACACCAGCACCACCCCGGCCGCCGCCUCCUCCUCCAGUGGCCCCUCCUCGCGGGGAACAGCCCGGCCCCUGGCCCAGCUUCAGAGCUGCCCCCGGGAGGAGGGCCCCAGGGGGCGGGGCUUGGCCGUCAGGUCCCUUGAAAACAGAGCAGGGGGGCCCGUGGCCUGCUCAGAGGAACCCAGCGCCCCGCUGCCCGUGGCCGUGGGCACCGCCGAGCCAGGGGCCAGUAUGAAGACCACAUUCACCAUCGAGAUCAAGGAUGGCCGGGGCCAGGCCUCCACAGGCCGGGUGCUGCUGCCCACGGGCAACCAGAGGGCAGAACUGACACUGGGGCUGCGGGCGCCCCCCACCCUCCUUAGCACCAGCAGUGGGGGCAAGAGCACCGUCACCCAUAUCAGCAGCCCUGGGAACCUAGCCCGGCUGGGCAGUGUCACUCACGUCACCAGCUUCAGCCCUGCCUCCCUGGGUAGCCGAGGAGGCUGCAGCAUAAAGAUGGAGCCAGAGCCCGCAGAGCCCCCCUCUGCCACAGUGAAGGUGGCCAAUGGCGCCGAGCAGACCCGAGUGGACAAAGCACCAGGGAGCCGGAGCCCGCUGAGCGCCGAGGAGCUGAUGGCCAUAGAGGAUGAGAGCGUCCUGGACAAGAUGCUGGAUCAGACUACGGACUUUGAGGAGCGGAAGCUCAUCCGGGCUGCACUGCGCGAGCUCCGACAGAGGAAGAGAGACCAGCGGGACAAGGAACGAGAACGGCGGCUGCAAGAGGCCCGGGCCCGUCCAGGGGAGGGCCGCGGCAACACGACAACCAAGACCAGCACACGGCACAGCCAACAGACAGCCGACGGCUCAGCCGUCAGCACGGUCACCAAGACCGAGCGGCUCGUCCAGUCCAAUGACGGCACACGGACGGCCCGCACCACCACAGUGGAGUCGAGUUUCGUGAGGCGCUCAGAGAAUGGUGGUGGCAGCACCAUGAUGCAAACUAAGACCUUCUCCUCUUCAUCAUCCAAGAAGAUGGGCAGUAUCUUCGACCGGGAGGAUGAGGCCAGCCCACGGUCUGGCAGCCUAGCGGCACUGGAAAAACGCCAGGCGGAGAAGAAGAAAGAGCUGAUGAAGGCGCAGAGCCUGCCCAAAACCUCAGCGUCCCAGGCGCGCAAGGCUAUGAUUGAGAAGUUGGAGAAAGAGGGCGCGGCAGGCAGCCCGGGCGGACCCCGCAUGGCUGUGCAGCGCUCCACCAGCUUCGGGGUCCCCAACGCCAACAGCAUCAAGCAGAUGUUGCUAGACUGGUGCCGAGCCAAGACACGUGGCUACGAGCAUGUGGACAUCCAGAACUUCUCCUCGAGUUGGAGUGACGGGAUGGCCUUCUGUGCCCUGGUGCACAACUUCUUCCCCGAGGCCUUCGACUAUGGGCAGCUCAGCCCACAGAACCGCCGUCAGAACUUCGAGGUGGCCUUCUCAUCCGCUGAGACCCAUGCGGACUGCCCGCAGCUCCUGGACACAGAGGACAUGGUCCGGCUUCGAGAGCCUGACUGGAAGUGCGUGUACACGUACAUCCAGGAGUUCUACCGCUGUCUGGUCCAGAAGGGGCUGGUAAAAACCAAAAAGUCCUAACCCCCGCUCGGGGCC